CUUCCUUUAUCCUUUUUGGAGAACAAACCCGUUUAGCGAUACUUUCCUGCUGUCUACUGUCACUGCCGUUGUUAGACCUCAGCCUUCCAUGAUGGAUGAUGGACAGUGCUAUUACAAUGAAACCAUUGCUUUCUUCUACAACCGCAGUGGUAAAUAUCUGGCCACUGAGUGGAAUACUGUCAGCAAGCUGGUGAUGGGACUCGGUAUAACUGUGUGUAUCUUCAUCAUGCUGGCUAACCUGCUUGUGAUGGUGGCUAUCUAUGUCAACCGACGUUUUCACUUCCCCAUCUACUAUCUCAUGGCCAACCUGGCAGCAGCGGACUUCUUUGCUGGGCUAGCUUACUUUUACUUGAUGUUCAACACGGGUCCUAACACAAGGAGGCUGACGGUAAGCACAUGGCUUCUGCGACAGGGCCUCAUUGACACCAGCCUGACCGCCUCUGUGGCCAACCUGUUGGCCAUCGCCAUCGAGCGCCACAUCACUGUCUUUCGCAUGCAGCUGCACACACGAAUGAGCAACCGUCGUGUGGUAGUUGUCAUUGUCAUCAUUUGGACCAUGUCCAUUAUCAUGGGUGCCAUACCUAGCGUGGGCUGGAAUUGCAUUUGUGAUAUCAACACUUGUUCCAACAUGGCACCUCUCUACAGCAACUCCUACCUGAUCUUCUGGGCCAUUUUCAACCUGGUUACCUUUGUCGUCAUGGUGGUUCUCUACGCACACAUCUUUGUGUAUGUGCGCCAGCGUACCAUGAGAAUGUCCCGGCACAGUUCUGGGCCCCGGAGGAAUAGGGAUACCAUGAUGAGUCUGUUGAAGACUGUGGUGAUCGUUCUGGGUGCUUUCAUUAUCUGCUGGACACCCGGUUUAGUCUUGCUGCUGCUGGAUGUCUUUUGUGCCACUUGCAACGUGUUGGAUUUCGAGAAAUUCUUCCUUCUCUUAGCCGAAUUCAACUCAGCCAUGAACCCCAUCAUAUAUUCCUACCGGGACAAAGAAAUGAAUAUCACCUUCAAGCAGAUCCUGUGCUGCCAACGACAGGAGAAUGUGAACGGUACAACAGAGGGGUCCGACCGCUCUGCCUCCUCUAUCAAUCACACAGUCCUGAGUGGGGGCCACAACAAUGAACACUCCGUGGUGUGA